AGCACUGCACAGCAGCUGCACGCUCUCACGUCCAGUGUUUGACAAAACCUCCUUGGUUUGACUGUGCGAGCAGAACGUGUGCGGCGGUAAUGGCUGCCAGGGAGAGUGAGGAAGACAACAAAUGAACCCCUGAGAAACGAUUCAAAGUGAGGACUAGGAUGGUAAGCAGUCAGCCGAAGUACGAGCUGAUCCAGGAGGUGGGGCGCGGCAGUUACGGCGUUGUCUAUGAGGCAGUAGUGAAGCGCACUGGAGCCCGGGUGGCAGUGAAGAAGAUCCGCUGCCACUCUCCGGAGAAUGUGGAGCUGGCCCUGCGGGAGUUCUGGGCCCUCAGCAGCAUCCAAAGCCAGCACCCAAACGUCAUCCAUCUGGAGGAGUGUAUCCUGCAGCGUGACCAGCUGGCCCAGAGGAUGAACCACGGCUCCAGCUCCCCGCUUUACCUGGAGUUGGUGGAGACGUCUCUGAAAGGCGAGAUCACAUUCGACCCGUGCUGUGCCUACUACUUGUGGUUCGUCACGGACUUCUGCGACGGUGGCGACAUGAAUGCCUACCUGCUGUCCCGUAAACCCAGUCGCAAGACCAACACCAGCUUUAUGCUGCAGCUGGGCAGCGCCCUGGCCUUCCUGCACCGCAACCAGAUCAUACACCGCGACCUCAAACCAGACAACAUCCUCAUUUCCCAGGCCUGCACGCCGGCUGGUUUGUCUGAGCCAACCCUCAAAGUGGCAGACUUUGGCCUCAGCAAGGUCUGCUCCACCUCUGGUCUCAACCCUGAGGAGCCGGCCAGCGUCAACAAAUGCUUCCUGUCCACAGCUUGCGGAACAGACUUCUACAUGGCCCCGGAGGUCUGGGAGGGUCACUACACGGCCAAGGCAGAUAUUUUUGCCUUAGGGGUGAUUAUCUGGGCCAUGGUGGAGCGCAUCACCUUUGUGGACGUGGAGACUCAGAAGGAGCUGCUCGGGAGCUAUGUGCAGCAGGGCACAGAGAUUGUACCCUUGGGGGAGGCCCUGUUGGAGAACCCAAAGAUGGAGCUGCUGAUCCCCGCCAGGAAGAAGAGCAUGAACAGUCACAUGAAGCAGCUGAUUAGGGAGAUGUUGUCGGCCAACCCCCAGGAACGGCCUGACGCCUUUGAACUGGAGCUCAGACUGGUUCGUAUCGCCUGCAGAGAGCUGGACUGGGACACGUGAUGGAUGAAUCAACAGCACCACAGACUCAGCUGAUCAAGCACAUGUGCACAUCUCAUCAGCUACUUUUAAUUAGGUGGUCACAUAACAGGGGAUUAAUUGUUUUUUUUUAAACUAGGGAACAAUAAUUAGAAUAGUCAUUGUCUGUAUCAUGGCUUAAACCAUAUCCACUGUCCAAGCACAUCCAGUCCUCUACUAGUUGUGUCUUUAUAUUGAAGGGGAGAGGUGUGACACUCACCGCUGCUGCUGCUCCAAACUGCGGCUUAGUCUCAGGCUAAUCACAUCAAAGCUUCCACUUCCCCUGUAAAGAAUCACUUGAGCGUGAUGGAAGGGCAAAGUGACCCCAAAAAUCCUGGAUUCAAUUAAAAGUCAAAGUCAAAAAGUUUGUCUACAAAUACCAUCUUGGACUUGGUGCUAAUUGUUACAAAAUGCAAUAUGAGACGUUAUCCUGUGAUCAUUACAGUAUACAUUCAUCCAAAGGGCCAAUAUUAAAACACAAUCACCUCAGAAUGUGGAAUGUUUUGAAGCAUUUGUGGCUUUGACAGAAACUGACUUACCAACUGACAUCAGCCUGGUACAUGAUCACCAGCAUGAAUAUUGUCAAGACUUGAUUCUGUUUUGGUAUCCAAUGCUAAUAUGCCCUGAAUGCUCAGGUAAUAAGAAACAUUCACCAUGAUGGUAUUUGUAGACAAAUUCUCUGCUAUAAAGGUUAGUGUUGCUCAGUAGUCUUAGAGGGGAAGAUUACCAAACUUUGGUGCUUGAAGAUAACUUUUUCUUUCUGAAGGCUGCUUUGUUGGUUGUGUGGGUGGGGUACUUUUUUUUUUUUUUUUUUUUUGAUCAGUGAGUGUCCAACCAUCAGGUGCUUGUGGUUGGUGUUCUUUUCUCUUCCUGCCAUUAUAUAUUUAAAGAUAAGUUGAUUUGUCAAAGACACACCCCAAACCAGUGUAAUAGAAUGUAUAAGGAUCAAGACAGGUCACCUUUAUUUGUAUAGAGCCUUAAACACACAAAAAAAACAUUUUGAAUUACAAAGCACCUCAUGGCUAUCAAGCAAAAGAGCCAUUAGGAUAAUUCUGGUUUACUGUAAUGCAAUGUGGUUCUUAUUUUCCAUCAUUCAUGUUGGUAAUAAUAACACUGUACUCACCAAGUUAAUAGACUGCUCAAGAAAUGUACCACCCCAUUUUUUAGGUAAUUUCUUAAAUAUUUGACUCUGGGUUACUAGUUAGUUGUUUUGGGCUUUUGGCUAUGCUGAGAUUUGACACAUCCAUACAGUUAACUGAGAGAAGACUCCAUUAGAAAAAUAAUCAUUAGUUGUAGCCCUAAAACAUACACAAUGUUGUUCAGAUGUUCAAAAUAGCUCUUAUGUUGGUAGUACAUACAGUCUAACCCUAACACACCAACAAAGAUUGAAUUUAAGCUUCACUGUAACUGUGAACAAUUAUGUCUUAUACACAAAUACUAACUGCUUAUAAUCUAAUAAUCUGGUUGCCUCCAGCAACAUCACUCAGUGGCCAAGUUGCAUAGUAGGUAAUGUAGGCACCAGGUUUUUUAAAAAAAGAAUAAGAAUACAUGGAAUAUUAAAGGAGAUAUCGCUGAUCAUUUGAUUUAAUCAUUUUAAAUUGUCCAUAAUGAAUCCAACAGUAUUCUUGGAGUGCAAUGCUAGACUAGUGAGCUGCUGUCCAAAACCUGGUGCCUACAUUACCCACAGUGCAGCUUAGCCACUGGUGACAUCACUGGAGACAAUUUAUUAGCUUCCUCUGGAGCCUCAAAAAGCUUGUUCUCAUGGAGUAGUACUCCUAAGACCUAUAACCACUGACUUAAUUAGUAAAAUUGGUGGAGCUAACCUUUAAAGUCAGAUAUUGGAGCAUCUGCGACUGGUGCUACACUGGCCGACAUGCAUUAGAUGUUACCUGAACAAGACUUUUUCAAUGGUACUUGGAAACCCUUAAAACACUCUCCUUGGCUAAAAGCAUUGCAAGCUUGUUAAGGUUGUAAAUGCUGUGGAAUUUAUAGCCAUGGUUCGAUGGUACAUACUUGACCCAAUUUAAAAAAAAAAAAUAAAUAAAAAAAAUAAAAAAAAGAGAGAAAUAGUGUUUGAAAAGUAAUGUGCUAACUUGUGGAUAGGGCUCCACAAUAUUACCAGUAAUAUCUGCGACAUUUGGAUUUUCUACUAUGUGGAAUUGACAACAGAUAACUUUAAUAGAUUAAUAGUAGAUGGAAGUCAUCAUGGCUACAACCACUGAGUGGCAGAAAGAUGCAACAUUGUUGAUAUUAAUCAGUAUUUGUAAUUUGUAAUUGAGUUGUUGAUGCUGAAACAUUAAAUUGUGGAGCCAUACUCUUGGCCUUAGAUAUAUCAUAAUCCUUUGCACUGCUGUGUGUAAUAGUUGAAAGAGAAAAGGUUUUUCUUUAUUAUUGUUAUUAUGAUUUAAUUAGUCUAUAAAAUGUUGAAAUGUUGUGCAAAAUCACAAUUUCCUAGAGCCUGAAAAUGAAUGUCUUCAAACCACUUUAAUCCAACAGUCCAAAACCUAAAGGCUAUUUGUUUUGUAUCAUAAAUGACAAAGAAACUGUAAAUUCUUACUUUUAAAAAGCUGGAGCCAGCAAAUGUGUGAUGUUUUUGCUUUAAAAAAGGACUAAAAUGAAAAGCAAUUAUCAAAAUAUUUGGCAACUUAUUUUCUUCAGAUUGACUAAUUGUUGGAUCUGUAGUCAUAAAUGUUAAUUACAAUUUACAGGUUAGUUCAACUUUGAACUACCAGACCAAGUUGUGCUCACUCAGUUUUUCUUGUUUCUAUCUCCAGUAGUUCACCUCCAAAUGAAGUGGUUUGGUUAAUCUGGAUAAACUGUUUGGUUGUUUUCAGCCUGUCUGGUGACAUUGGACUUUAUUGUAGCAGUGCUGUUGUGUUCCCAGAAAUGAGCUGUUAUUUUAGUGAGUACAGUGGUGUCAGCCAAUAGAAACAAUGACCAAACUUAAAAAAAAUCAACCCCAAGUUGUAAUAAACCAGAAUUAUCUCUCAACACGAAAGUCUCAAUAACCGAGCACAGUACACUAAAGAGGCUGGCCUCCAUUCAAAAGUAUUUGUGGAGAGACUCCCACAAACAAAUCCAUUCUUGAGAGAGAUCACUGUGUUGCCUAAACAUAGAUUGAAUGAUCUGAAGGGUGAGCUGCGUGUAUUACACAAGCAGGGACGUGAAUAUUCACAUCGGAGUCCAUUUGGACAAGAGACCUGAAUGAGUAAAAGGGGCGAGAGAUUCAGUGAAUCUCACUGAAUGCACUUUGAUUUUGUUGUUUAUAUUUAUUCCUCAUGACUACCUGCUGCAUUAUAUUGAGGAGCUCAGUGAGGCUGGAUUCAGUGUGAUAACUGUGUCAGUAUUUGUUUACCAGACGAAUACAAUGUCAGCCAACAGUCGACUUGUGUAUGCAGUGCCUCUCACCUUCAGGGAAGAAGCGAGAGAAGACACCAGCACACACAAUCCUCCACGAGCCAGAGGAUCCCUGCCUUUUUUUUCUUCUUUCUCUGAUACAUAAUACUGUUGUGUUUAACUUGAUCUCCUCUCGCUGUGUCACUGCUGCUCCAUUCCUUUGGCUCUGGAUCUUACAGUAAUCCCUUUCUUCAUGCUUCCGACAGGCUAAUUCUAAGCCUAUUAAGUUGUUGCAGCACUUGGCAGAGGAUCAUGCUUGGGACCCCUUUUGCCUUUCAGGUCAUACAUAAUUUGUGCACUUUUACAGGAACCUAUAAAACCAAACAAUCCUGGCGUCUUCACUGCUCUCAAACUAGCAGAAAAUCAUAUUUUCUCUGACUUGUUGCCAAUAUUUAUCUGCUAUAUGGCCUUUAAUCCUCCCCUUAGCUGCAAUAGUUUUAUUUCUUGUCAUGAUGCGAUUGAAAUUUGCCUUAUUUCUGAAACUCACUGUUUUCUUUUUGACACUAGAGUGGCCUCAGUGAUAUUGCACUCAAACACAGAAUUGGCAGAUGUGCUUGAGAUGCCACCACGUUUCACCAACUCUUAGCAUGGUGCUUUGGUAUGAAAAGCAAUACCACUAAUCAGUAUUAAAACGCCUGUCUGUACUGCAGGACAUCUACGCUGCUUUGGACAAUGUUGCUUUGCCUCAAGAAUAUGGUUUUUGUGGCUUUCUGUUCACGAGCAUCAAAGUUUGGACUCAUAGUAGGCCACCCAUAUCCUCGGAGCUCUAAGCUGAGGAUGAUGGGUCGAGUCAUUUCCGGACAGAUUUCUUCCUUUAACCUUUCCAGACUAGGAAGGAAGGAGGAAGACAACCGGCUUCCUGUAAAGUUUGAGACGUUUGCCAAACAAAUGCUAGGUCUGGGGGUAUUAAGAGAUUUCACUCUUUGAUUUUCUUGUAUUAAAUUCCUUUGCACAUGUGUAAAUACUGUAUAGGAUCAACAGGGGAUGAACAAAGGUUGAUGUAUAUUUGACUGGAUGUGCUCUGUUUUCAAGAGCCUGAACUUGUUUGACAUGUAAAUUGCUGUGAUGGAUUCAAUUUUACUUAAGCUCUUAAAACAGCAUCAGUUUACUUCAAUCAUGGAAAAGAUGUGAUAUAUUUACAGGUCAAUACCAUUGGUGUGCUAGUGAUAAUUGUAUGUUUUUCAUUGGCCUGUUUGUGAUUUUGUGUAAGCAAAGCUGGUAUACAACGUGGGUCGUCUUUUCUGUCUGGUACUGGGCUGUUUGCAGAUGGAACUCUGGGACAUCAGUCAGACAUCAUCACUUUAUUAGCCCUGAUCCAGGACCACCAUACUGCUUUGCUUUCUUCCGGUACUUGGACAUUUCAGUCUAAGUGGCUCAUAAAAUUUGUUUUGGGAAGAGUAUUGAAAAUGAGAACUUACUAAAUGGACAAUAUGGCAUAUUGAUAUGCCCCCCCUGUGAAAUAUGGUGGUCUUUGUUAUUGUUUUGGAGCAGGGGGUAGUGUGUUGCCUCAGAGCAGCAGCAAGGCAAGACUUGCUCAUUAUCACACCACUGUAGUCACCGCUGUUUCAUGCUGUAACUCUGAUGGCAUUAUUCAACUGUCUAAAACGGUCUACCAUUACCAGCGAAGGGAGGCAGAUCAACUCAUACAUCCCAGCCGGAUAAGCAUCCAAUGUAUAUCCUUGUGGCAGGUGUGACAGGGUUUUUGUCUCCACACCAUACGUCUGUAACUAAGCCAUGUUCAGCCUCAGAAUAUUGAAACAAAGAUAGACGACUAGCUACAUUGAGGAAGCUUGGCUAAGCGUCUUGGAAUUUGCAUAACUGGGCAGGUUUAAUAAGAAUGCAUUGUAUAUCGGCCCAAGCCUGCCAGAUGGUUGGCAGGCUUUUGAAUGAGCGCACACAAAAAAAAAAACCUUACUUCCCAAUGCUUCUGUGAUAUUUUGGCUAUUUUGCACCUGAAUAAACUAAUUUUGCCACCUUAAAGCACGCUUUCUGUAACAAAUGUUAUGAGCUGCUUUGUGACUGAAGUAUCGUAACUUGUAGGAGAUACCGAUGCAGGACUGUGAUACCUAACAAGUGCUGGGUCAGGGCCACACUUAAAAAAAAAAUGUCCUGUGGCAGAUGUAGAAUACACUUGGAAACAUGUCUAAUAAAAUCUGCACUCACAGCCAGGCAAACUUCUGCUCUCACUCUUUUGUAUGAACAAUUUUUGCUCUUAUGUCAUUGUAUGAUAUUUUGAAGAGAUUAAAUGAAGUUUAUCAAAAGUG